GUCAUUGAGCAUAAACUUGGGAGCUUAAUGACGGGGAAGUAUAGUUUACUCAUUUUGCUGCUUCUUAACUUGGGAGCUUUGCUCACUUGUCUUGCCUGUCCCGAAUGUCCCCUCCCGACUCCGCCGCCAAAUUGUCCACCGAAACAUCCUCCCAUUGUAAAGCCUCCAUUUCACCCUAAACCACCAAAGCCACCGGUUGUGAAGCCCCCAACUCUGCCUCCAAAGCCUCCUGUAUACCCGAGUCCUCCAGUCUUGAAGCCACCUCCAGUGGAGACCCCGUGUCCGCCACCGCCACCCGUGCCAUAUCCACCACCUCCGGCGAAGCAAACAUGCCCCAUCGACACUCUCAAGUUAGGUGCUUGUGUUGACGUGUUGGGUGGCCUAGUGCACAUCGGUAUAGGCAGCAGCGCAAAGGAUACAUGUUGCCCGGUGCUUCAAGGGCUGUUGGACUUGGAUGCCGCUAUUUGUCUUUGCACCGCGAUCAAGGCCAAGUUUUUGAACAUCAAUGUUCUAUUACCAAUUGGGCUUCAGGUCCUCGUCGAUUGUGGCAAGACUCCACCUCCAGGAUUUCAGUGCCCAGCAUGAGUAUCAAGUACAAGUGUAAACUAGUUACAAAUAAAAAGUUUACUUCUAAAAUAUUAUAAAAAGAUAUUUUAAUUAUUAUCAG